GUUUGGGGAAUUCCGGUUUUCCGGUUCCUGUGGUAAAAGCGUGAUGGCGGCGUCCACGAACCAACUCCUGGCAGCCAAACAGAAACUUUCUGAAGUUUUAGGUGAACGAUUUAAAACAUACUUAAACUGCCUGAGACUUUGGUUCAGCCAGAAGCUCACAAAGGACGAGUUCGACAUCGAAGCCAGGAAGAUACUCAGCGGCGAAUCGAUUCAUGCACACAACGAGUUUCUGCUAGCCUUCUUCAACAAGUGCCAAAGCCCAUGCACAGGCCGUGACUCGGUUUCUGGCGACAGUGCUCAAAACCGUGACAAGACGAAGAAGACCAAGCUAAAAGCCAAAGGCAGACCAGUUCGGGUGACAUUCGAAAAACGUUUUGUGCCAGCAGUCCCGUCCAAGCACGUGCCCCAUGCCAAGGCAAGAGACCCCUCGGAGAGUGCCAAGAGCCUCGGCUUCUGCUCGAGGGAGCACUGCCUACCAGAUGCCCUCUUGGUUCACGGACGCAUGUUUGUCAUUGCCUGGGACUGUGGGCUCGACAGUGUGGAUGACAGGGCCGUGCAGCUGGUCAUGACAGCAGUCAAGCACCAGGUAAAGGAAGUGCUGACGGCAGUGCUGAGUAGGAGGAAUGCCUACAAACUGAGGGAGGGCCGCUUCCAGUUUGCUCUUGGCUGUACCCCGGCCAACCCUUACCUGCGCAACUCGAGGAUACUCUCAAAUCUCCAGUGCCACAGCCAUCCAACAACGGUGUCCUCGACGGGCGAGCACCUCCCAGAGAUGGUGCCCACCCUCGACUGGGCGGAGAGUGAGGCGGCACUCGAGGUUGCCUGCGACCCCACGCCACGUCCCAGACUGCCACCGGUCUCCGCCAUGGACCUGGUUGAAGCCCUACAGGUUCACAAAAGCUGUAUUCCCUCACACACUGUGUACACCAAGAGCAUAGAACAAGCCCUUGCUGCCCAGUGGCACCCAAGUCAUGAAGAACUUGAUCAGGAGCAAAUUCGGGCCCAAGAAGAUGCCAUCAGAAGUCAGCUUUUGGAGGAACAGCAAAACCUUUCUUGGUAGCAUUACAUAAUAAUGGAAGGAUCUGUUUCAACACACUUGUCAUCAGAGAGUUUCACUACCAGCAUAAACACAGUAAUUAGUUUGGCAACAAAUGUCUGCACUUGUUACACACUGACACCUUACAAAGGUUAUUUCACGGGUUAUUUUUAAGGAAUUGACUUCACACACUAAAAGUUGUAACAUUGCAGGUACACUUUAAUUCAGGGAUGUCAGGUUGAACCAGGGGCGGUUUCUCUUGGAUGCAUGACUGCAAGUGAAGCAUUUGGCAACAGUACAUCUGAGCACAAAAGCUUGCGGCAACUGUAUAGUUUUGUAAGAAAUCUGAAUAUGGAGUAUACUAUAUUUUGUAAAACUGUAGGCAUGUAAAUAAAGUAACCUGAUACAUCCAACUAA